CGCGAUCGCGCGCGCGACGCGAGGACGACGACGCGCGGGAGGCGCGCGAAGCGACCGCCGCGGACGCGCGACGACGCGCGGCGCGAUCGACGACGGAGACGCGCGAUCGGGCGCGACGCGGCGCGGCGCGGCGACGGGACGAGGUUCGAAUUAAUUCCGCGGCGUCAUCUCGAGACGCGCGCGGCGAAUCGAGGAAGCGCGCGGGGACGCGAGGCGGGCGGUUCGAGGCGCGAGAGGAGAUGUCGCAGGCGGGGACGUCGACGAAGGCGGGACGAGGCGCGGAUGGGCGCGAGAGGUUCGUCGUCAUUCGCGCGAUGGGGCUGAGCGUGGACGGGAAGGUGGAGGCGGUGGUGGAGAGCGAGGCGUUUCCGACGCUCGAGGCGGCGAUCGGGCACAGCGAGUACUUGGCGCAGACGGUGAGAGCGCGCGGGGGGGUUCGGGGGAACGUGGGACGAAACGGGGGGAAGAAAGGGAUGAAGGCGUCGCGAACGACGAUUUGCGAGUUGCCGGUGGACACGCAGGUGUGGCACGUGACGCCGACGAAUAUUCCCGGGCCGGCGUAUCGAAACGAGGGGCAGCUCAUGGUGAUGCUGCUGUCGAGUCUGUGCGGACGCGUGGUGUCGAAAUCGCGCAAUGGGGUGUUGGAUGAGUCGGAGUUCGCGUACAACAACGGCCACGGCGUGCGGUCGGCUCGCAACGGGGGCGACGCGGAGGCGCCACAAAUUGCGGACGGCAUUCCUUACGUCAAAGCAAAGAUUUUCGGCCAGAAAACGGCUGACCCAUUCAUGUUGCGCCCUAACAUCUCCAAGGCUGCGUUCAGAACGCUCCUCCUGCGCGCGGUGGGUAAGUACCUGGCCGACGAUCGCGAGCCGUACCCGGUGCUGGCGAAAUCAGACGUGCAGCUUCAAGUCGCGCAAGUGGCUCACGGAGUCCAAUACCACGUUCUCGCGAUUCGUGCGCUUGGACAUUCCGCCGCGGACUUUUCGAUGUCCAUCGAUGAUCAAGGUCGAACCUUUGUGCGCGCCGAUCCGGCGCAACCGCCAAACUCGAACCCGAAGUUGGGGCGGCCGUUCGAGCUGUUGUGUCAGUUCCCUUCCCUCGUGCACUUGCAAACGUGCCGCUGCAUUUAUCAAGACGACGUACUGUACAUCAUUGUGUAUCCUCGUAACGCCAAGUCGCGAUCACUUCGUUUGUCUUCAGCAGAAAUUAGAAACACGUCUUUGCCGGAAAGCAUUCGAAACACCGCGACGGGCGCCGGCGUGGAAAAGGCCAACGGACCUUCGUUUCCGCGCGAAGUAGGGAUCGAGGAUGGAACAAAUAGCGCUAGACCGGGCGAUGAGAUUGCCUUGGCUACCCUUGGUGGCGCUUUUGGGAAGAACGAAGAUGACUCUGACUCCGACAACACGGAUGACUUCUCGAACGACGAGGCAGAGGAGCCACGUGCCAAGACUGCGGCGCCCGAGGUUGAUGAGAAGACGAUAGAUUUACCAGACGAGGAUGUCGACAGCGAGGUGGAAGAGCCGAUGCCCGAAUAG